UGCAACCGCGUGGGCUUUGCGUUGUUGUGUGGAUUCCCCCCCAGGCGUUUGCAAUUGUCUAAUUAAAGUGCUAAAUUCGUUUAUCAGAAUGGUCCAUCCACACAAUAGGAAGAAAUCGAAGAAGCAGAAGAAGGAGAAGGAGCGCAGGCCAAAGAACACGCAGAAGCCGAAGCCAAAGCCGACACAGGAAAACAACCAAAAGGAAGACCAAUCCGUGGGCGAUGGCGGGGGCGGCGAAUGUGAAAUAUCAGAGCUGAAGAUGGAGAAGGUCGGCGAGAGGAGUGAGUUGUACGAGGAUUACAUGGACUUCUACGAGGGCGGGGCACGCGGCGCGAGCCUGCAGAGGAAGCUGUGCAAGGCGGUGAGCGCCAAGGUGCUGACGGACUACGAGCGGAUGGUCGAGGCGAUCGGGAGUGUGACCGAGCACAUCUUUGAGUUCCGCAAGUACGAGGUGUACGUGAUGCUGUACCCCACGCUGGCCAUGGGCUACCUGCAGAUGGUGUGGAGCGGCAAGGGGCAGAGGGCCAAGGCCUUUGUGGAGCGGCACAGGCACGACUUGGACGAUUCGUACAGGAGUCGCAUGGCCAGGCUGGUGCUGAUCCGCAGGCCGGAGGAGGUGCCGGGCAGGGCGGUGGAGCUGCUGGCUGGGGCGGACAAGGUGCAGUUCUUCAUGGCCUGCAGCACCUUCCAGCGCUUCAAGACGCUCCAGGCGAAGUUCUGGACGGGCGGGCAGCUGGCGGUCUUCCUCGCCCACUUUGACAUCUGCAUCUACGCCGAUGAGAAGCUGUCGCCGGAGCGGGUCCGCCCGGCGCGUCCCUUGCCGGAGCCCUUCUCGUGGGCCGCCGCAGGGGCUGUGCCGGACUGGCCGCUCGAUCGCAGCCAGCUGCCCAGGGUCUGCAUUAACAUGGCCGCGCCCAUGGACAGUGCCGACGAGGUGACUUGCGCGACGCUCUCGGAGGACCAUUGCAGCGUGGCCUUUGGCACUGGCUGCGGCAUGGUGCACGUGGUGGCCGUGAACAAGGACUGGCGAGACGCGAACAACCUGCGGAGGGAGAAUGUGUUUUGCGGCCACCAGCAGUCGGUGCUGGCCUGCGCCUUUUCGCCCGGGGACCGCCACCUGCUCACCUCCUCGGCGGACUGCACCAUGCGGCUGUGGUGCACACGCUCCGGAUUCUGCAAGAACGUCUAUCAGUACCGCGCGGCCAGGUGUGUGGUGUUCGGGCCGAGGGGCUGCCACUUCGCCACCUCCUCGGACGACAAUGUGGCGCGCGUGUGGGGAGUGGACUCCAGAAGUCCCCUUCUCAGUCUCUAUGGCCACUUGGCGCGACUGGAGGUGUGUCUGUUCCACCCGAAUGGCAACUACUGGGCCACUGGAUCGGCAGACGCCACCGUGAGGAUCUGGGACUACGACAACCGCGCCCAAGUGCGCCUCCUCCGCGGCCACAAGGCCCCAGUCACUGCCCUGGUGUACUCGGUGUGCGGACGCUACCUGGUCUCUGGGGGCCGAGACAACCUCAUCAUUGUGUGGGACACAGCCGACGAGCGAAUGAUCCGCUGCCUGUGCCAGCACAAGGCGAUGAUUGCCUCCAUGGAGAUCUCCUGCUGCAACAAUCUGCCUGGCUGUUCCGUGGCCCAGGGCCCAGCACCGCUGAUCUGCUCCCUGAAGGGCACUGAGAUGGGAAUUUUCCUCCAGGGCGGCUUCCAUGGUCGCAAUGGCCUGGUUGCCAUCUGCACGACCAGCUGCCAGGAGGUGAAGGAGCUCAGCGCCAAGGCAGUGCAGCAGGAGGCUUCCCUUGCUGCCCUUGUGAAGAAAAUUGCAGAUAUCCAAGCGGAAAUCCAUUUGAAUGCAGAGCGAAAACUGCUGGUGCAGUCCAUGCUGGAGGCAUUGCGCAUCGAGCGCGAGCCCUGA